AGGACACCAGGAUACAGACACCUAAAUACGAUCGGAAGGGUGAAGGCCCUACACCUCAUGCCCUGAGGGGCAAAGCCUUUAUGAAGAUUCCCGGGCACGCAACCACGGUUUGCACCAACCCAGCGGCGACACAUCUCCAAAGAGAAUUUCGCACAAGCAGGGACCAGUGCUUAGACGCCAACAGGGGAACACGUUUCCAUGUUAUUCCCCUUAUCUCCGAG